AUGACCAGCAUAGAUCUCUUGUUGAAUUCGUGCCGGCGUGUUCCGAAUCCUCGACUCGAGACAUCCAAUGAAGCUGCCGAUGGGGGCACAGCAGAUCGGCGACAAAGCUACGGACAAAGUGGGAAUAGCACCUAUCGUGCUAAUAAUACAGCAUGUCAUUUACUGAUCGAAACAUCAGUCGGGGCACUUCCCGUCAGCAUGGCGUUGCGAUGUAACCUGUCUACUAAUUUGGCGGAUGGAAAUGUGGUCAACCGUACGACAAACAAAUCCAAACUAGCCUCAUCAGUUGGUGCACUGCCGUCACACGCUCCUAUUUCGGUGAUGUGCAAGCUCAUACCAUGGACUGAGGAUCAACGAUAUCGAUUCGAGUCCCUACAAACACCGGAUGUACCACACUAUUUGUAUCUACGGAACCCAUAUGAAACAGCAUCGUUGGAAGUAAUCAUUUCGUUCUCACCAAAUUUCGACUGUAAUCCAGAGGAUGAACUGACCGACGCGGAUAGGAGUGAUCACCAUUCACCGGUGCACGAACGUGUGCAACAACUCCAUGCGUCCAAAAAUGACACAGGAACCAACGACAGCAUCUCGACAGCUGCAGCGGACUGGAGUGUGUCUUUGCUGCCUUGGCUGAAUGCGUCCUGGCCCGAGCUGACUCCAGAACGUGGUCGACGUCGUCCAAUGCGACGCAAUCUGGCAGACCAUUCACCUCCAUCUUGUUCGGGUUCUUUGGUGAAUCCGCGCAAUCCGGCCCAUCAAUUACUUGAUCAAUGUACACUCUGGUCCGCCCCAUCCCGUGUCUCUAUGCCACAGGCGUUUGCCAGUCACUUCACUUAUCAGCCCAAUUCCGGCCGAUAUUCGAGCGGGUUCCAGCUUCAAGCAUGGCAAGUGGCUGUAGUCCCCGUCGAAAUAGAUUCGCGCUUGGACUCUGGCGGAACCUUGGAAAUUAGUUUGCAGCUAAACGCUUUUGCAGUGACCCGACUGGUAAACAGUACACAUUCCCAGCCCCUUUUACGUCAAGUUAUUCUUCAUGGUUGUUUUGCUCGACACGUCACUUCAACUCCGUUUGGAUUUGUCGAUCCAAUCCGAUGCCCGCUCUGGCUCCGUUUGGCUACAGAUCGUGGUCUGGCCAUCUCGGUGGCACAUGCGUUGUCUAUUGCCGCGUCCAAUGUGCUCUCACGAAGUCAGCCACCACAUCGAAGUGAAGUUCCGCCAACACUGGACACUUCAUUUGACGACACAGUGGAUCGGAGUUUCUUGUAUCUACCCUAUCCUACCCCCGGCCAGUGGUACUUGAGCUUGUACGCUGAGUGUUAUCCAGUGGACGACUUGUGUUGGCAUUUGAUAAUCACCUAUGGCUUAAUUUUGCCUUCUUGCUUCUCCAGUCUUUCCUCUCAGGUUUCGAAUGCUUUGUCCAAAUGA